CUUCAUCUUCUUUUUCUUCUCCCUGCAGGAGGUGGAGAUGAUUCAGCAUAUUGUAGUACUUUGUGCUGACUGGCGAUUUCUUCAUACACACACACACUAAAAAACUGGUCUCAGGUCAGUCUGAAGCAGCAGCUUCUGGCAUCGAGUGAAAUCUAAAACCGGGUGGAGGAGAAGAAGAUCAAAGAAGAAAACAGGGCAGGAAUUCCUGGGUAAACGUGUACCUUUGCUGUUGCCUCACACUUCAUGUGUAAGUUGAGUUCAGAGGUCUUCUGCACGUUGGAGCAGCAGGAGAAGAAGUUCUCUGUGAAGAGUAAAUGAUGGAGCAGAUCCCUUUCCCCGUUCUGCGGCGCGUAGCGAUUUGUGGCGGGACGCAUGGAAACGAGAUGACGGGGGUUUUCCUGGUGCCAGAGUUGGAAAGACGGAAGAAAGAGAAAGGUGAUGCCGGGAGGUCUGUCGCGUUCACGACGGUGUUGUCCAACCCACGUGCUGCCAAAGAGUGUAGAAGAUACAUGGACAAAGACCUGAACCGCUGCUUUACCAAAGACACCCUCAGUUGCCCGAUCACUGAGGACACUCCGUAUGAGAUCCAAAGAGCUCAGGAGUUAAACUCUCUGUUGGGUCCGAAAGGAUCAGAUGCUGCUGUAGAUAUUAUCUGCGACCUCCAUAACACCACGGCGAACAUGGGCCUCACCAUCAUCUCCUACUCAUGGAGCAACUGGAUCGGCCUUCACGUCUUUAAACACUUGCAGGCAACAAUCACCAGCACGCCUGUGAGACUGGUGCUGAUUAAUGUUCCUCCUUGUGAAGCCUACUCCCUGGAGUCCGUUGCCAAGUACGGCAUCUCUUUAGAAGCCGGGCCACAGCCUCAAGGCAUCGUUAGAGCAGAUGUCUUCAACUUCAUGAAACAGGCUGUGGACGCCAUUCUGGAAUGGACUGAAAUCUUUAACUCAGGGAAAGUCAUUAAAGGAGGGGAAGUGGAGGCCUAUUUAAUACAGAAGAGUAUGGAUUUCCCCAGAGACGCUACCACUGGACAACCAACAGCUGCCAUCCAUCCACAACUCCAGGAUCAAGACUUCUGCCUCCUCCAGCGUGGAGAUCCCAUGUUCCUGACGUUCUCCGGAGAAACACUAAACUAUGAAGAAGAACAACCUCUCCAUCCUCUGUUCAUUAAUGAGGCCGCGUACUACGAGAAGGGAAUCGCCUUCCAUCUGGCUCUGAAGAAGACCAUGAGCAUCCCGAGUAUACGAGCCGACACGGACGGAGAGAAGAACUGAAGGAAAUCGGCACAACACCAAACCUAAUCUUUCCAUUUUUUUCUUAUAAAGCACAGCCUCAGGUAUAAAAAAAUAAAAAUCGUAAAAUCGAUUAAAAUAUGAUCCAAUAAUGAUUGUUACCUCGAUGAAAAAAAAAUUUAUUUUGAAAAAGUAAACUAUAUGCAUUUAAUAUAUAUUUUACAGUUGCACUAAAAAAUGUUUAUGUCCGCAGGAAUGUAUGAAUAAAUGAAUGAAUAAAUAUCAGAAAAUAAACAUUCUACUUCUAAAACCAUGA